AUGCCAAAUCCAACGGAAGAUAUGUGGAAAUUUAUUGCCAAUGACUACAAUACAAUUUGGAACUUCCCGAAUUGCGUAGGCGCUUUGGAUGGCAAGCAUGUUAACAUUCAAGCUCCUCCAAAUAGUGGGACGUUGUACUAUAAUUACAAGAAGACGUUCUCAGUCGUCUUAAUGGCUCUUGUUGAUACUAAGUACAAUUUUAUUGCAGUUGAUGUUGGUGCGUACGGCAAAAGUAGCGAUGGUGGAAUUUUUACACGUUCUAAUUUAGGUAAAGCUAUUGAGCAAGAUAAACUACGAAUACCACGAAGUAUAAAGUUACCUAGCACAUCUAUUGAAGUUCCAUAUGUCAUUGUUGGGGAUGAAGCAUUCCCCUUAAAAACAUAUUUAAUGCGACCUUACCCACGACAAGAUUUGGAUGUUUCUAAACGUAUUUUCAAUUACCGUUUAAGUCGUGCUAGAAGAGUGGUUGAAAAUACAUUUGGAAUAUUAUCUCAAAAAUUUAGAAUUUACAAUAGGAGGAUUCAAGCUAUGCCGAAAAAUGUAGAUAUCAUAAUACUGGCUACCUGUGUAUUGCAUAAUUUUAUUAAAAAAUACGAUACUAACACCUACAAUUACGAAAGGAAUGAAACUUACAUUAAUGGACCUAAUGAUAAAGGACUAGAAAACUUACCUAUGCAAGGUGGUAAUGCUACAAAUGAUGCCUUUCAUAUGAGAGAAAAUUCAAGGAUUAUUUUAAUUCAGAGGUUGGAUCUGUAUCGUGGCAAGAAGGGAUAA